AGUCAAUAAAAAUCCCCGAUAGAAUGAACUAGUUUAAACUUGCUGAAAAGAAUGAGUCGCGUUCUGACUAACCAUCACGUCACAAGAGCCCAGCACACCAUAGAGUCCCCAAAUCCAGCCAAUUGCUAAGAAGGGCGCGUAAAGUAGCCCAGAUCUUUGUUUGACUGACAAAAGAAAUGACCAAUCCCAUCGAGCGGUUGACGGGGGCGGGGCUCAGGUCUGACGUAGUAUCCCUGACGCGACCGCCAUAGCGUUGGAUGACGCACUUGGCUCUUCUGCGUGACGGGAUUGUGACUGCCGGUGCCGGUGAGUCUUGUUAAAGGCGCAGGCGUCCUGAGGCCGCGGACAGAUUUAUGAAGCUUUAGAGCCCUUCUAAGGAUGUUCAAUAAAACAUUUGGAAGCCCCUUUGGCACUGGCAAUGGUGCGUUUGGCGCCACCUCAACUUUUGGACAGACAACUGGCUUUGGGACCACCCCUGCCACGGCAUUUGGCUCUGCAGGGUUUGGCACAAACACAAGUACCGGGGGGCUGUUUGGAAACGCACAGACCAAGCCAGGUAGCUUGUUUGGAACCAAUACCUUUAACCAGCCAGCAACUUCCUCUGCAAGCUCAGGCUUUGGCUUUGGGACCUCAACUGGAACUACAAACAGUUUAUUUGGCUCUACUAACACAAGCAACAGCCUCUUCUCCGCACAGAACAAUGCCUUCGGACAGACCAAACCUACAACCUUUGGAAAUUUUGGAACAAACGCCAGCACUGGAGGCCUCUUCGGCACCACGAACACGGCAAAUCCAUUCGGUGGGGCCUCUGCAUCUCUGUUUGGCGCCUCAACAUUCACUUCUGCUCCAACAGGAACCACAAUUAAGUUUAAUCCCCCAUCUGGCACAGACACCAUGGCAAAAGGAGGAGUCACUACCAACAUCAGCACCAAGCACCAGUGUAUUACUGCCAUGAAGGAAUACGAGAGCAAGUCCCUUGAGGAACUUCGUCUUGAAGAUUACCAGGCAAAUAGGAAGGGCCCCCAGAAUCCUGUUGGUGCACCUACAGGAACAGGCUUAUUUGGCACCCCAGCAGCAACUUCAAGCACUGCAACCGGUAUGUUUGGAUCUACUGCAGCAAACAGCUUCUCCUUUGCUGGGAAUAAAACUACAUUUGGCACAGCAGCCACCGGUGCAUUUGGAACAAAUACUGGGGCUCUCUUUGGCCAGCCUGCUAAUCAGCCAGCUGCUAGCCUGUUUAACAAGCCCUUUGGGAAUGCAACAACUACACAAACUACUGGCUUUUCAUUUGGGAACACAAGUACACUUGGACAACCACAAACAAGCACUAUGGGGCUCUUUGGAUCAAACCAAGCCACACAGCCUGGUGGUCUCUUUGGGACAACAACCAAUACAAAUGCUGCCAAUGCAUUUGGCACUGGAGCUAGCCUGUUUGGGCAACCUAAUGCUACAACUUUUGGAGGCAGCUCGACCCUGUUUGGUAACAAACCUGCCGGUUUUGGGACGACCACGACCAGUGCCCCUGGAUUUGGCACUACCACUGGCGGGCUCUUUGGUAACAAAGCAACCCUGACUUUAGGAACCAAUACAAACGCUUCCAAUUUUGGGUUUGGCUCGAACACCGCAGGAACCGGCCUGUUUGGCAAUAAGCCAGCAACGGGAACCAUCGGGCCCAGCCUUGGGACAAGCUUUGGAACAGCGCUAAACCCUGGCCAGACAUCUUUGUUUGGGGGCAAUCAGCCUAAACUGACUGGUACACUUGGGACAGGAGCGUUUGGUGGUACCGGGUUUAACAGCACCUCAACAGGCCUAUUUGGAGCUCCACAGGCUGCAGCGACAACCCUGACUGAUUUCAAUGCUUCAGCUGCACAGCAGAUGUUCCUACAGCAGCAAUACAAUGCACUUAGAUAUUCCCCCUUCCCGGACUCCCCUCUGUUCAUGAACCCCAUCUCUGAUCCAAAGAAGAAAGAGGAGCUCUUGAAACCCACCAACCCAGCUGCCCAGAAAGCUGUAUUGACUCCCACACACUACAAGCUAACUCCUCGCCCAGCAGCCAGAGUACGUCCCAAAGCAUUGCAGUACAGUGGAGCAGCCAAAAACCAACUCUUUGAUGCCUUGGAUGAUGAUGUGCCGGUCCUGUCCAGUGGUGUGUUCAUGCCCAAGAAAAGCAUAAAACAACUGGACUUGAAGUACCUGAAGAACAGCAGCCUAUUUUCCCAAAAGAGCAAAGAUUUGGAUGAGGUGGUGCCACCGACUCCCGAGACUCAAGACAGAUCUGUUGAAAACCACCAUGCUGAUGAAGAAAACGAUGAAGAGGCAGCCACUACAUACCCAUCCCCCUUCUCCAGGCCCCUCCCACAAAGCCAGGAAAAAAAGCAGUUUAACAAUAUGGAUGACACCAUUGUAGCACUGAAUAUGCGCAAGUCUGGGAGAAUCGGACUGGAGAACAGCAGCAACGAUGUCUCCUUUAAUGAGGAUUCUCUUCGAGAUACAGAAAUUCUUGAUGCUUCUCCCCACCCUGCAGGAAUUACCCUAAUGAGGGACAGCUAUUACACCAUCCCAUCCAUGGAGGAAUUGGCCAGAAGUGUGGAUGAGAAUGGGGAAUGUAUAGUCGAUGGCUUCACUAUUGGGCGGGAAGGUUUCGGAUCAAUAUACUUUGAUGGAAUCAUUAAUCUGACCAAUUUAGAUCUUGAUUCAAUUGUACACAUCCGCAGGAAGGAGGUUAUUGUGUAUGUGGAUGACCAGAACAAGCCCCCUCUUGGUGAAGGUUUGAACAGAUCUGCCCAGGUGACCCUGGAUGAAGUGUGGCCCGUUGAUAAGACCACGCGUUGCACGAUUACAAGUCCCGAGCGACUGAAUGAAAUGAACUACAAGGCCAAGUUAGAGAACGCCUCUCGUAAGCAGGGGGCCCAGUUUGUGGAUUAUCGGCCGGAGAGUGGUUCCUGGGUGUUCAAGGUGAAUCACUUCUCUAAGUAUGGCUUGCAGGACUCUGAUGAGGAAGAUGAUCAGCUUAACAACGCGGAGGCUAAAAAGCUGAAAGCUGCCCCUGUUCCUCCUCAAGGCAAACCGCCUCCUCUCCAACAAGCAACUCUCCCUGGAAAAGUCACCCCUCCACCCCAGAGUCCAGCGGUAGAUCAACUUGAUCGGGUGCUCGAACUGGACAGCGAUAUGGCUGAUAUUACCCAGGACCAAGAUCUGGAUUCUGUUGCAGAGGAGCAGGACAUCACUGAAGAACAGGAGCCUUUAUCUGCAUCUUCCCACAUUGCAUCUUCCCUGGGUAUUAAUCCUCAUGCCCUGCAGGUGAUGAAAGCUUCGCUGCUACUGGAGGAAGAGGAUGGAGAAAUGAUUAAUCGCUUCAGCAGUUUCCCUUCCAGUAUGGACCCAUACCCAGAUGUUAGGUCUCCCCGCCUUUUCCCAUCAUCCCAUGCAAAGAGGACUUCCUCUAUGGGACUGCUGCAGUCUAAAUUUGCAUCCCCCUCCAUAUCCCGGAUAAGUGAGACUGCUCAAGGCUCCCACAGUCCCAGAAUUCUUCCUGUUACACCAUGGUCCGUCCCAGCACCCCUAGCUCCCACCUUUGUUAUACCCCGCCCUGCUCCAGAGACUCAUCUGAGGACUGUGGGAACCCGAAGGCAACAAGAACUGGUUCCACUAGAGAAGUCUGUUACACAUGGGCGCGGCUCUCUUCUGAUCGACAUGGGGCUGUUCAUGGGCAGGUCGUUUCGUGUUGGUUGGGGCCCCAAUUGGACCCUUGUUCAUAAUGGUGAUAAGCUAACUGAGAGACUGAAUGCAGAAGAAGACCAGAACAUGGACACUAUCGAUUAUGGGUUUCUACCUAAGCCCACGUCUGCUAAAUCUCUCACAGAGUCUCCAUUUAAAGUUCACAUGGAAAAGCUUAGCCUGGAGCAGAAGAGCAGAGAGCUGCAGUCGUACUUGAUGCCACUGGAGAUAGAGCUGAAAAACAGCAGUGUGGAUAGAUCUGCCCAGUGCCCCCACUUUAAGCCAAACGCUGGAGUCGCUGCCAUUCAUGACUAUGCAGGAUGGGUCAGGAACUUGUCCAAUGAGGCUGGAGAGCUUGAAGCGGUCGUGAAGCAGUGGGGUCUGACGUGGACCUUGUGUGAAUCUCUCUGGGGCCAACUGAAGGAGCUGGAGGCUAGUUUGGAUGAGCCAAAUGAGUAUGUGAGGAACCUGGAGAGGAGGAAGGCUUUCUCCCACUGGCUGGCUCACACUGCAGAGGAACGUAUAGAGGAGGAGGUGUCUCUGUACGGCCCAGAGAGACACGUUGAAGCCGUAUUUAGUUUCCUAACGGGGGGCAGGAUCAGUGACGCUUGCCGUCUGGCACAGAAAUCUGGUGAUCACAGGCUGUCCCUGCUGCUCUCUCAGAUGGUCGGAAGCCAAGAAAUGCGGGAGCUGAUUUCCCUGCAGCUGGUGGAUUGGAAUAAACUGCAGGUGGAUCAUUAUAUCCAGGAAGAGAGGCUGCGUGUUUUCUGCUUGCUCUCUGGCACUCCUGUGUGGCGCUCUUCUGAUAACAGAAGCAUAAACGUCUGCUCUCAAUUGGACUGGAAGCGAACGCUGGCCGUUCAUCUCUGGUACAUGCUCCCUCCCACUGCCACCAUUGCUCAGGCCUUAAGACUGUACGAGCGGGCCUUUCAGGAGCAUGAAGAAGGGGAGCCGUAUGCCUGUUACCCGCUCCCUCCCUAUUUGGAAGACUGUAGCAUCAGCCUCGGGGAUGAACCUUCAGCCAAAUUCUCCUCCCUGCAGAGAGAUGUCUGUGUCCAUUUGCUGAAACUGUACAGUGAAAGGCAAUACGAUCUGUGUCAGUUGUUGGACCCCAGUAGUGUGACCCCAGAUCCUCUGGACUACAGACUCAGCUGGCACUUAUGGAUGGUCUUACAGGCUCUAAAUUAUACCCAUUUGUCUGAGCAUCGCCAGGGGACGCUUCAUGCCAGUUAUGCUGCCCAGCUGGAAAACGUCGGGCUCUGGGAAUGGGCCAUAUUUGUACUGCUGCACAUCCCACAUCCACACAUCCGUGAAGCAGGUGUCCGGGAGUUGCUGAAUAGGCAGUGUGUUGUGCGGGAGAGCCCAGAGUCUCUGGCAAAAGAGAAUUUCCUAAUUCACCGUCUCUGCGUCCCAGCACAAUGGGUCCACGAAGCCAAAGCAAUCCGCUCCAGACGGGACGGAGACCGGCAUAAAGAGGCCUUGUAUUUACUAAAGGGCCACCAAUGGAAUCCCUGCCACAAGCUGGUGACCCGACACUUGGCUGCAGAUGCCGUUAUUAAUGAGAACUACAGAUACCUGCAGAGCUUUCUGGGUGAGCUGUCCAACCCCGAGCACUGCAAGCACAUUCAGGACUGGGAGACUGCAGGGAAGGUCUAUCUGGAUUAUAUCCGUGUUAUUGACAUGCUCAACCUGAUUCAGCAGGACGAGAGCUCCGGCUGUGAGUUGGAAAAGUUACACACCAAAGUAAUGUCUCUGUGUAAAUGGGUCGAGCUGAUCCACUGCUACACGGCCAAAGAUCGAUUGGCACAGUCAGAAAUGGCGAAACGCGUUGCCAACAUCCUCCGAGUGGUGCUGAGUCUGCAGCAGCCCCCAGAAUCCAUGUCAGACUCUUCUGAACCCCGUGUGCCCUUAAGACUUCUUGCCCCACAUAUUGGGCGCCUCCCUAUGCCCGAAGACUACGCCCUGGAGGAACUCCGAGGCCUCACCCAGUCUUAUUUAAGAGAACUGAUUUGUGACAGUUAAUAAAGUGCCGCCUUUCUGCCCCUGAGCCCUUAUGGUGCACUGAUCAUGUGACUCCUAUUUUUCUUAGGAUCGGGUUUUCUAUGGUUUCUGACAGUGAGACGAGCCAAUGGAUUUAGUCCGUUACCUGCGCCGGGGGAGGGAUUUCUGUUCUACGGGAGCCAAACUCCUUUUAACAACGGUCGAUGAUAAAUCUGAUUUUAAAUGUAUUAUUUUGUGAUCAAGGGAAUUUUUGUUGCUUUACAAAAAAUAAUAUUUAUAAAAGUUUUUGUACAGACUCUUCCUGUACAAAUAAGUGUGAGGCGCCAUUUUUAUACGACUGCUCGCCAGACCGCCUCUCACCUUCACCCAAUCAGGGUGGGUUUUCUUCCAGAUGCAUUUUAGACAUCUUAUUAAACUGUCGUGUGAUUGGUUAGGGUUUAUCAUUUCUAAUCUAGAGAUGAAUUUUACAGGAGCUUCUUCUGGUCGCUAGGGGCCCCUGACCUUCCUGCUGCUGCUGCUGCUGCGGGGCCCUUUAGCUUGUGUUCUGAUUGAUCCAACAGAGAAACUCAGGUAGGACCCCCCUCCCUGCAACAUAAAUGGGCAGUGCCAGAACUAUCAACGUCCAAUGGCAGCUGAUGGCCCAGCCCCUCCCUGGUGGUGUCAGGGGGCUUUUUACUGUUGCGAUUGGUCUUUUUUGUCUGCAGAAAUGAGAAGCGCUUAAAGAGCCAGUGUCCUCCUUUGUCUCUGAUCCAAAUGCACCAGUAGGAAUGGAUCGUGUGCGUUUAUAACACAGAGUAUUGGUGGCUGCCAGUGUUUGUCUGUACAGCGAUGUUGCAGUUGGUGAGUCGCAUGCGUGUGAGUGGCUUUGUAUUAUCGGCGCAUAUGUUGGGGUGACUGUAAGGAAAUGGGGGGGCUUUGGUUCAUCUCCCCCUCUGCUUGUAUUGGUAGUGCCCAGUCCGUUGCUUUAUGUGUAAAUGUGCUGGGGGGGGGCUAUUGAUUGUCAGACUCGUGUACGAGGUUUGUGUGCCGCCUGCCCAGUGUCCCCCAGUUGCUGCAUGAAAUUCCCUCACGAUUUUACUCCCCAAACUGUGAUGAUGAUGAUGAUGAUGAUGAAGAAUAAAUAAGGUUUUUCCUUGUGUUCCAAAAAUAUGUUUUAAUAAAAGUUUAAUAUUCCUG